AGAGAGAGAGAGAGAGGGUGGGUGAGAGAGAUUGAGAAAGGCGGAGAGAGACGAGGACAGACUCGCGACGCCAACGAGUGUACGUGGGGCGAACGUGGGGAGCGAAGAGGAGAAAGAAAGUGGAAAAGAGAUUGACGGCGAAUUUCUCCAGCGCGCAAAAGCUAAAGGAAGCUAGUGGUUGCUUGCUGGUGGUACCGCUCAGCUGGCCGUCGUGCACAGGGUUUCUCGAGGGUAGAAAAGCGCGUCGCGCAUCCCGGAGGCGGCGCGAAAUUAUGAAGCGCAUAAAGUGCGCCCUACUGGCCGCCGCCGCAGCUGCCGCCGAUAGUGAUAGCCGCCGGUGAAUGUGUGACCCGGGGGCAGCAGAGAUCCGCCGGGAUGACGACCGAAGAGACGACCGAGCAGCCCCCGGUAGACGACUGCCUCAAGGAACGGAAAUGGUGGUGCUUCCUGCUGUCGAGCAUCUUCACCUUCCUCGCCGGGCUGCUGAUCGUACUCCUCUGGCGUGCGUUCGCCUUCCUCUGCUGUCGCAAGGAGCCCGAGCUAUCCCCAAAUGACCCGAAGCAGAAGGAGCAGAAGACAGCCCGCCAGGGCAAGGAGUUUGAGGGGACUUUUAUGACCGAGGCCAAGGACUGGGCCGGCGAGCUGAUUUCCGGGCAAACCACUACUGGACGUAUUUUGGUGGUGUUAGUUUUCAUUCUCAGUAUAGCAUCGCUUAUAAUAUACUUCAUCGAUGCCUCCAGCGAAGAGGUGGAGCGUUGCCAGAAGUGGAGCAACAACAUUACUCAGCAGAUAGACUUAGCUUUCAAUAUAUUUUUUAUGGUCUACUUUUUUAUACGCUUUAUCGCCGCCAGUGACAAGCUGUGGUUCAUGCUGGAGAUGUAUUCGUUCGUGGACUACUUUACGAUACCACCGUCCUUCGUGUCGAUAUAUCUCGAUCGGACGUGGAUCGGACUGAGGUUCCUCCGAGCCCUACGACUGAUGACGGUCCCUGACAUCCUCCAGUACCUCAACAUUCUAAAGACAUCGAGCUCUAUUCGUCUCGCCCAACUCGUUUCCAUCUUCAUAUCCGUCUGGUUGACCGCUGCUGGUAUCAUUCAUUUGCUUGAAAACUCAGGGGACCCUUUCGAGUUCACGAACCCGCAACAGCUUUCGUACUGGACCUGCGUGUACUUUCUGAUCGUGACGAUGUCCACGGUAGGAUAUGGCGACGUUUACUGCCAGACGGUCCUCGGCCGCACAUUCCUAGUAUUUUUUCUACUCGUCGGUUUGGCAAUUUUUGCUAGUAGCAUACCCGAGAUAAUAGAGCUCGUAGGCAGUAGGUCCAAGUACAGCGGCGAAUACAAGCGGGAGCAUGGAAAGAGACAUAUUGUCGUGUGUGGCCACAUCACUUACGAAUCGGUCUCGCACUUCCUCAAGGAUUUCCUACACGAGGAUCGCGAGGACGUCGACGUAGAAGUUGUCUUCUUGCAUAGGAAAGAGCCAGAUCUCGAAUUGGAGGGUCUCCUGAAGAGGCAUUACACGACCGUGGAGUUUUUUCAGGGCACCAUGAUGAAUGCCGUGGAUCUGGAGCGCGUCAAGGUACACGAAGCGGACGCGUGUUUGGUACUGGCUAACAAGUACUGCCAGGAUCCGGACGCGGAAGACGCGGCGAACAUCAUGCGCGUCAUCUCCAUCAAGAACUAUUCGGACGACAUUCGCGUUAUCAUACAAUUAAUGCAGUAUCACAACAAGGCCUACUUACUAAACAUUCCAUCGUGGGACUGGAAGCGGGGUGACGAUGUCAUCUGCCUGGCGGAGUUGAAACUGGGCUUCAUCGCGCAGUCCUGCCUUGCACCUGGUUUCAGCACGAUGAUGGCCAACCUCUUCGCGAUGCGUUCCUUCAAGACGAAAUGGUUGGUUGAUUGGUACCAGUCGCCCGAUAUGCAGGCUUGGCAGAAUGACUACCUGCGUGGAACCGGAAUGGAGAUGUACACCGAGACACUGAGCCCUACCUUCAUUGGAAUGCCCUUUGCGAAAGCCACUGAGUUGUGCUUCACGAAACUGAAGCUCUUACUGCUGGCCAUCGAGAUAAAAGGCGAAGGAGGCUCCGACAGUAAAAUCUCGAUUAACCCACGUGGUGCCAAGAUCGCUGCAAAUACUCAGGGAUUCUUCAUUGCUCAAUCUGCUGACGAAGUGAAGCGGGCGUGGUUCUAUUGCAAAGUAUGCCACGAGGAUAUUAAAGACGAGACUCUGAUCAAGAAGUGCAAGUGCAAAAAUUAUGUGGGGAUGAUGAUGAUGCAGACCGGCAUGGUGAAGGGAAACACUGCCUACAGCAGUUACCUCGACGUGGCCACAUUCCGGAAAGGCGUGCGAGCUGUUCAGAUGGUUGGAAGAGCAAGUGAAGAUCUCUCGUACGCAAACGACCACCAUCCUCCCCCCACAUUCACUCCGCCAGAACUGCCCAAGAUGGUUCACGUAAGAGGCGAGAUCAGCCGCGAACGAGAUGACCCGAAUGCGAUGAGAAAUCAUCGGAACUCCGUUGGGAUGACCAUGAUGAAUUCGACGAAGCAAGUCAACAAGGUGAAGCCGAACGUAAACCGUGCGACGAACGACAGCAUGUCCAGUCCGAAUCAGCCGUAUAAUCAGAGAUCGCAAGAGGAGUCCGCAUACGCUGGCUACCAUCUCGCCUACGAAGUCAAAAAACUCAUGCCAACGAGCCGAGCCUCGGGUGGCACGAACGUCAACAACAACGGCGGUCUUCAGGUCGGGAUCGCUGACGAUCAAGCGAAAGAUUUCGACUUCGAGAAGACCGAGAUGAAGUACGACUCGACUGGGAUGUUCCACUGGAGUCCCUCUCGCAACCUCGAAGACUGCAUACUGGAUCGUAAUCAGGCGGCGAUGACAGUCCUGAACGGGCACGUGGUCGUCUGCCUGUUCGCCGAUCCCGACUCGCCCCUCAUCGGACUGAGAAACCUUGUCAUGCCAUUACGAGCUUCCAAUUUUCAUUACCACGAGCUUAAACACGUAGUGAUAGUUGGGUCGGUGGACUACAUACGCCGCGAGUGGAAGAUGCUGCAGAAUCUACCGAAGAUAUCGGUUCUAAAUGGUUCACCACUGAGUAGAGCCGAUCUGCGUGCCGUUAACGUGAACCUGUGCGACAUGUGUUGCAUCCUGUCGGCAAAAGUGCCUAGCAACGAUGACCCUACCCUCGCCGACAAGGAGGCCAUUCUCGCAUCCCUCAAUAUCAAGGCCAUGACUUUCGACGACACGAUCGGCGUGCUUAGCCAAGUUGGCAGUCCGAUCGUCUUGCAGCGACGAGGAUCCGUUUACGGGGCGAAUGUGCCAAUGAUUACAGAACUCGUGAACGACAGUAACGUGCAGUUCCUUGACCAGGACGACGACGAUGAUCCGGACACGGAACUCUACCUCACACAACCGUUCGCCUGCGGCACUGCCUUCGCAGUCAGUGUGUUAGACUCUCUCAUGUCGACGACAUACUUCAAUCAAAACGCGCUGACUCUGAUCCGGUCGCUGAUCACCGGUGGAGCCACUCCCGAGUUGGAGCUGAUCCUGGCUGAAGGGGCAGGUUUAAGAGGAGGUUAUAGUACGGCGGACAGUUUGGCCAACAGAGAUCGCUGUCGCGUUGGUCAGAUCGCGUUGUACGACGGGCCAUUGGCUCAGUAUGGCGAGGGAGGCAAGUACGGUGACCUCUUUGUCGCAGCAUUAAAGUCAUACGGAAUGCUGUGCAUUGGUCUGUACAGGUACAGGUUUCGUGACACUAGCUCGUCAUGCGACGCCUCUUCCAAGCGAUACGUGAUCACGAAUCCACCCGACGAAUUCACUCUGUUACCUACAGAUCAGGUUUUCGUGCUGAUGCAGUUCGACCCGGGUCUCGAGUACAGGCCGAGCCGAGGCGCCCGCGGCAAGGACGACUCCUCCUGAUUGUUGCUGUGUAGCGCCCUCACCGACGGACCAUAUUCCUACAUCUAAUCGCGCGUUGGAAGCCGUCGUGCUGUCCGUCGUCUCUGCAACCGUCUUGUCUUCGUCGUAGGAAACGUCCGUCACCACCAUCACCAUCAUCGUGUGACAUCGCGCGUCAUCGACGAGAGUCGUCAUUGCGAGCGUCGUGCGCGAGGCAGCUCGCAGCUUGCCAUGUCCGUUUCCUCGCUCGACCGUUGCACCCAGGCGACAUGGGGAGCAAAUGCGACGCUCGUCAGCUCGUCAACCCGAUCGCUCCACGGUCGCGGCUUCCGUGUCGUUUCGUUCGACGCGAUCGUUCUCGCCGAGUCGAUCUCGACGCUCGAUUACAAAGAUGUCUCGGCAAGACGACACCUAACCGAACGAUCAUCACACCGGAGCGAGUACGCGACACGUACGCGAGCGAGCGAUCCGAACGAAAGCGGAAGAGGACGACGACGAACGGGAGAACACCAUGCCGGAGAAGAAGAGGAUGCGGAGGAACGACGGAAAGUGGCACGAUGCUGUGCGGUCCGAGGGUAGCUACACGUCAUGCACUCACUCACUCUCCCUCUCUCUGUUGGAGCUGAAUUACGGUCGUCUUCGCAACCGACGAGGGCGACAAGGGCCGUGAGGACUGAAAUCAGACACUUCGCGAAGCGUAACGCUGUGUUAUCGAGUCCCCCGAAACCACCGACCCUUCGCAACCGGGCUGGAAGAAAGUGUACGCGGGGUGUACACAUGUAGCUUAACGUCUAACACAUGGCUUAGCCCUCGACGGGCUAUACGGAGUUGUGUAUAGCUUAAUGUUUAACGCGCGGCUGUCAGCCUCGACGAGCGCUGUGGAAUUGCACAGUAAAGCCACGCGCGCGCGCGGAAGAACAAUCGCCGAGUCGUGGCGGAGUAGCACGUGUGAUUAAUGUAUGUAAUACGUAUGUAAGCCACAGAGAACACCGUCAACGCUCAACGAGCGAGCUGUUGGGAAGAGCCGACGUUGAAGGGAAGGGCAGGAAGAGGUGUGAAAGGAGCAGCAGGAGAAAGAGCAGGAAAAUAGAGGAGGAUAGGAGUCUGCGAACGCAGCGAAUUGGACUCGUUCAUCGACGUCUCGUCUGAUAUCGAGAGAGUGACCGGAUCUCUCUCUCUCUCCCUUUCUCUCGCGCGCACGCGAAACACGUCGCGAGAGACCGUCGUCGGCGAAUCGUCUCGUCGGCGACGAACUCCGGACUCGGCGCGACUCGAGUACCGGGACGGACGAAGUGCGCUCGAACGAACGUAGUGCCGGACUACUACGCGCAACCCUUACCUCGUGUGUCUUGUUUUAUGGCUAAUGAAACAAAGGGAAAAAAAA